CGGGAAGAGGACGAUGUAGAACUUCCGGGUUCUGAACAGUUCUGUUGCACGUGCUUUAAAAAAAUCGCGAAUAAGGUGAUACUUUAAGCAGUUAGUGCAAACAUUAUAUAAGAAAAGUGAGUCUUUGGAUGAUCUGGUCAAGAAGAUGAAUCAAUCGACGAUAAACGAAACCAGUUUAACCAGGCACGCGUGCUCUUUCAAUUUAGAUUUUCAGAUUCCAAUAACCAUUCUGCUCGGGACAACAUUUGUGCUUUCAGUCAGCGAGAACAUCGUAGUUUCGCUAGUCAUUUGUUUGGACAAGAAACUUCGCAGACCUUCAAAUGGCUACCUGUUGAGUUUAGCGUUGACCGAUAUCUGUAUUUCAAUGGGGCUCAUUCCGAUGGAAUUGACGUAUGUGUGGUCAUAUCCCAAGUGGCCUCUUGGAUCCGAAGGAACGAACGUUUUGAACUCUGUUUGGCUAUUUUCUAUCGUAAGUUCAUUCUUGACGCUAUUGGUCAUCACAUUGGACCGUUACAAGGCAGUCAUGUCGCUUGUGCGGUACAGAGAAGUGGUUUCUUGGGGAAGGACCCUAGUUUUCAUUGGAGUCGUCUGGUUGUAUACUUCGAUUGUUGUCAUAUUAAUGAGAGUGUUAGCAUUUUAUCCUACAUCAGGAAUGACAUAUGAAUGGAACGUCAAUUAUAGAUUUUAUUACCCUUUCCUGGGUCUGCACAUAGUUCUUCCACUGGUUAUUAUCAGUACGCUGUACCGUCAAAUCUACAAGAAAGCUGUGGAGAAUCGUGCACAGCUUUUGUUACGGGGCCAGUUACAUGGUCCAGGAAGUACCGCUACCUCAGAUACUGUGAGAGAAACUAGAAUCGAAGUCAAAAUGGCAAAAACUGUUGGCUUUGUGUUCCUGUUUCUUGUCAUUGUGUGGAUACCAGUCUUAAUUCUGGAAAUUUUUUACGCGUUUGGAAGUGAGUCCUGCGUCAUAGAGCAGUUAGGUGUGGUAAGCUUGUGGAUUACCUGCAGCAAUGGAAUGAUCAAUCCAUUGGUGUAUUCUCUGAGGAACAAGGACUUUCACCGUGCUAUAUUGCAACUUAUUCGCUGUAAAAGACCAAGGCCUGCCAGCGCUUAGCCUAAACUGAAACUGAUGCCUUGCAUUGUAAGUGCUGUCAUGAUAUUAAAUAAAUAUCAUGGGUUUCCUGUGUUAUGAAACCGCUGACCACAGCCGGCAUCGCCCGACCUCGUUGAGCUGCGCCACUGCUGUACUUGCGGCGGUGAUAAGCGAUGACAAGUUGUUGGUUUUUUUUGUUUGUUUGUUUUUUUUUUUUGUCGUAGUAAGCUGCACGAUUUUAAGUCUCUCUCUCGAGUUUUAUAUUGUACUGUUUUAUUUCAUUUUACUACUUCUGACAAACACUUUUGUUUUUUUUGGUUCUUUUGGUUCGUCCGCAUCUUUUACAGGCGAAUGUUCCUUGAAUGUACCCUCUUUAAUUGAUGUCCACUACUAUAGAUAUAGAUCCCUUUGAUUUAAUUAGAAUUCGUUUUAAUUGGAAAUUAAACAAUAAAAAACUGCAGGGCAUUAGUCUAUCCCCUGCUGCCUUCG